GAGAGGCCCAGCAGCGCCAUUCCCAGUCUGCAUCUGCCACCGAGAUUGCACCAGACGCGAGUGGCAGGGAAGCCGGCUGACAGAGCUCCAGGCCCGGGAGUGUCCGCCGUGAUGGCCACCACUGCUUCCCCUGCAGCCCUCACCACCAAGGGUGCCGCUUCUGAGAACAGCAGCUUCUACUACGACUACGACUACCUGGAGUCGGUGGUCGUCCUGGUGUGCACAAAGGGUGAAGUCCAGUCCUUCGCCCGCAUCUUCCUGCCCAUCUUCUACAGCCUAAUCUUUGUGCUGGGGCUGGGAGGGAACCUGCUGUUGCUCGUGGUCCUGCUGCGCUGCGUGCCCCACCGGCGGAUGGCCGAGGUCUACCUGCUGAACCUGGCCAUAUCCAACCUCCUCUUUGUGGUGACCUUGCCCUUCUGGGGCAUCUCCGUGGCCUGGCACUGGGUCUUUGGCAGUCUUCUGUGCAAGGUGGUGAGCACGCUGUACACCAUCAACUUCUACAGUGGCAUCUUUUUCAUCGGCUGUAUGAGCCUGGACAAGUACCUGGAGAUUGUCCAUGCGCAGCCUGUGCACCGGCUGAGGACCCGGGCCAAGAGCUUGCUCCUGGCUGCCCUGGUGUGGGCCGUGUCAUUGGCCAUCUCUGUCCCCGACAUGGUCUUCGUGCAGGUGCAUGAGCACCCCAAGGGCGUGUGGAGCUGCUACCCGGAUUUCGGGGGACAUGGGACCACCUGGAAGCUCUUCCUCCGCUUCCAGCAGAACCUGCUAGGUUUCCUCCUUCCUCUCCUGGCCAUGACCUUCUUCUACACCCGCAUCGGCUGUGUCCUGGUGAGGCUGCGGCCCCAGGGCCAGGCCCGGGCACUGAGGAUGGCGGUGGCCCUGGUGGUGGCCUUCUUCACUUUCUGGUUCCCAUACAACCUCACCUUGUUUCUCCACUCACUGCUGGACCUGCAGGUCUUUGGGGACUGCCAGGUCAGCCGGCGCCUGGAUUACACCAUGCAGGUGACCGAGAGCCUGGCCUUCCUCCACUGCUGCUUCACCCCCGUGCUCUACGCCUUCUCCAGCCACCGCUUCCGCCAGUACCUGAAGGCUCUGCUGGCCACCAUGCUCGGACAGCGCCAGACCUUCAGCCCUGCCCCAGUCUCACUGUCCAGAGGCUCUGAGAGCAGCAGCAGGCUGACGGCCCAAGAGGACAUGACCACCCUGAAUGAACUGACCCAGGGACAGGCUGAGGGCUCCCAGAACCUGGAAGACAUAGGGAGUCCCUGAAGCUAGCCCAGGCCAGCCUGCACUGCUCCCUUGGGGUUCCACUCAGACCGUCUCCCCCAGGAGCCCUGAAACCAGUUCUCAGCCUCCUCUACUUCUUCGCUGUGGGCCACAGUGGUUUCCCAGCUCCCCUUCCCUCUGCACUUCUGACUGUUUCUGGGGACCCCAGGUUCAUUCUCUAGGGAUCCCAGCGGUGCCACUGUGCUGGCCUGCUGCCCCCAAAAAGACGUGGUUCCUCCUGUCCGCCGAGGCUUGGCUUGGAUCCCCCUUCCUCUGUCAGGUCUGUGUCUGCCCUAAGGAUGCCCACCUUGCCACCCGCUCUGCCCUCUCUCCACUGGGCUUCUCCAUACCUCUUCUCUUUCAUUCCUCCUGCAUGUUCUUCCAGCCUGUCGCCAUGCUGAGCCCUGGUCCCAGGUGAUUUCAGGGCUGAGCACUGCUCCUGGGAGGCCAUGGAAGGUGUGGUAGGUGCUCUGCCUUCCCUGGCCUGGGUGGAGGUUGGGCAGAACCCAGGGUUGAGACUGGGGUGGUCAUGGCUCAUGUCCCCCCAUGCCCAGGGCUCAAAGGCUGGUCUCGGGGCGGUGCCGGCACAGUGGGGCCCAGUGAGAGGUCUUGAUCAUGAAGGGCAGAACCUGGGGCACAGUGAGGCUGCAGCCUUUUCCUUCCUGGCUGUGAAGCGUGCAGAGUGCUGGCUGUACACUGCCCACAAGAGGCAGAGUUCCAGCCCAGGAUUGGAACCCUCAAGACUGCAAGCCCAAAUAAGCCUCUUUCUGAUUACAAUUGUAUUACUUAACAUACUAUAUUAGGAAUCACUGAGCUUCCUACAUGCCUACCGUAGCCUGCAUUGGCCAUUUACCAGAGACUUGCCUGUGGAGGAUGUGUGAUCCAGGUUAGGCCAGGGACACACAGGGACACAGACCAGAGGCGUGAGCCCAGGCAGGAGGGCCCCAGGUUGGCACAGUGUGGGCGUCUUGGGGCUGGAGUCCAGCCUCGGAACUGGGCAUCGCCAGUCAGCCCGGCCUGCCCUUGUGGUGGCCCAGACCCAUAGACGCCCUUCUGCAUGGGCACAGGUGCCCUCCUGACCCACAGUGCUGGCUCAGAGCUUCCUCCUCCAGGUCCGCCAUUGCUAUGUCGCUGUCCCCAGGGGAGGUGAGGAGAUUCUCCCUGGAGUUUCUACAGCACUCGGUGCUUCCUUCACGUUACAGGACCACACAGCACCCUGCAUGUCUGGGGGCUUCUGACUUGCAUGACUGGACCCAGAGCCAGGAGAGGGAUGAGGGUGGAGAGUGGGACUGAAGCUGGCCAGGGCAAUGGGGCAUUGCCACAGGCAGGAGCCGUACCCUCCGCACUUCCUCUUAGGCUCAGGACAUAGAGGAUGUUUACUGAGUUCUUUUUGACUUCAAAAUGUUUCCUCUUUUCUUCUUUCUCUCUAUUCAGUUUU